GGGUAUAUCCUGAACAACUGAACAUCCUGGCCUGCGGUCCUUCUGCAGAAGAAAAGACAAAGAACACGCUGCACUUGGGAGGUGUUGCAACGAAGGCAGGAAAUGACCGUGAGGGCUGCCGCAUUUCAACAGGAAAUUUAAUUUUCACAUAGCCAUUGAGCUGCCUUCACUCGCAGGAGGAUGCGUGCCCUGUUCACUUGUUUGGGGCACGUUGCUGGUGUUUUAGGAGCAGGGCCUAGUCCUGGCCCCCUGACAGCUUGUCUACGUUCUCUGUAACCGGAGUCUGGACUGGUCCAAGUGAGCUGGAGAGCCCUGUUCAAGCUCAAAGAGCUGAGGGCGGGGUGUGUGUGCUGUGCUGCAGAUAUGGACACGGGGAUUUUCUGGGACCCUCUUGUGCCACCCUCACCAUGCUAGUUCAUGAGAGCAAAGACUUCCCUGCAAACGUGGUCUACAUUGUCUUGGAGCUGCUCAUUGCCUUGCUGGCCAUCUUGGGCAAUGUCUUGGUCUGCUGGGCUGUCUACCUGAACAGCAACCUCCAGAACGUCACCAACUACUUUGUUGUGUCUCUGGCUGUGGCUGACAUUGCCGUGGGGCUGCUGGCCAUCCCUUUUGCCAUCACCAUCAGCACCGGCUUCUGUGCCGUCUUCUACGGCUGCCUCUUCAUCGCUUGCUUUGUCCUGGUUUUGACACAGAGCUCCAUCUUCAGCCUCCUGGCCAUCGCUAUUGAUCGGAUCAUUGCCAUCCGGAUUCCUCUCAGGUACAACGCGUUGGUGACUAGCUUACGAGCUAAAGGCAUCAUAGCCAUUUGUUGGGUCUUAUCCUUCAUCAUUGGCCUGACGCCUAUGCUGGGCUGGCACGUGCAGAAGAACAACAGCAGCUCCUCUGCCAACAACUGCACCUACAAGAUGAUUCCUUGCCUGUUUGAGGACGUGGUCACCAUGGAGUACAUGAUCUACUACAACUUCUUUGCGUGUGUGCUCACCCCCCUCCUCCUGAUGUUCGGCAUCUAUCUGAAGAUCUUCAUGGCAGCCCGGCGGCAACUGAAGCAGACAGAGAACAAGAUGGCGCAUGGGGAACGGUCCCGUUCCAUCUUGCAGAAGGAGGUUCAUGCAGCCAAGUCCUUGGCCAUCAUUGUUGGGUUGUUUGCGGUUUGCUGGCUCCCGCUGCACAUACUCAACUGCUACAACCACUUCUGCAAGGGCUGUGACCACAAACCACCACCCUGGCUGAUGUACUUGGCCAUCAUCUUGUCCCAUGCCAACUCUGUGGUGAACCCACUGAUCUAUGCUUACAGGAUCAGGGAGUUUCGGCACACCUUCCGCAAGAUCAUUGGGCAGCGCAUCCUGGGCAGAAAGGAACGGUUCAAACCUACCACUGCCAGCCGGAGGAAUUCUGCUCACGGUGGAGAUGCUGAAAAUGCCAGUAUCCAGGUCAGUGAGUACGCUCUGAACUGCUACCCCCGUGGGGACCUGGACCGUGUCUGCACUGGUAACAAUUUGGGGGAAACCGACAUGGACCUGCAGCGGCACCAGAACAAAAACGGACUGGCUGGGGAAGUGAAUGGGUGCGCCAUCCACUCCUGCAACAACGGGGACCUCUCCGGUGCCUCCAGGAAAACGGACCUGCUUAGCCAGGAGCUCCUUGGGGUUCAUGGGCCUUACGGGGACUUGGAGACUUCAGCCUUAGAAGCCUCCGAUGUGCCCUGAUGCCUUUGAGGAAGUAGCCCUGCUGGAGUGAAGUCUUCCCUGUCCCCCUUGGCUGCCUUAGUUGCAGCAGAAAAAGAAAAGAAAGCAAGGAGGAGUCUAUUCGGGCCACUGGGAUAGAAGGGGAGGGGUCCCUGCCAGGGCCGACAGGAAGACCCCGAGAGCUGCAUUGGAGGAGGUCUGGUGGCAGAAAAGGGCCGAGGGGCCACAUUGCAGGCAAGGAAAUAGAAACAUGCCGGUGUAGUACAUGUGUACACACCCACACCCACACCCACACCCCCUUUUAGCCUUGGAAGUUUGAUGAGGGGGAAUUGCAGCCUCUCAGGUCAAUCUGUGCAACGUAACUCAACAGGGGAAUAAAAGUGUUGGUGAAGGAGAACAGCUUCCUUGUACCAAAGGAGGGCAAAAUGGGGAGGUUUGCUGGACUCCAGCCUGCCUGGUCCUGGAGCUGCUUAGAAGCAAUAAUUGUGUGAAUGCUUUUAUUUGCGUCGGAUCUU